GGAGUAGCUUACGCAAAGCUUCAUUUUUUAUAUCAAUAUUCCUAUCCCUACAUUUUUAUUUUCUCUCUCUCUCUCUUUUUUUUUAUCAUAAAAUAAAUGUCUGAUCGACGAUCAAAACUUUUAGCUUUAGCUCAAAAACGUAAGCUUGCUGAAGAAACCAACAGUGAUGAAGAAAAACUUAGAAAAAAGGUUUCAAAAGAAAAUAAUAAAACGAAACAAAUAAAAAAACAUAAUAAAAGUAGUGAUGAAGAAGAAUCGGAGGAAUCUGAAGAAUCUAAUGAGUCUGAAGAUGAAGUUAAACCAAAAAAUAAACGAGAUAGUAAUGUUAUAAAAAGGUCUUCAGUUUCAAAAGCAAAAAAUAAAAAAUCACCUAAAAGAAAGAUGAGUAGUGAUGAAGAAGGUUCUGAUGUUGAUAAAGAUAAUGAUGAUGAUGAUGAUGACGAUGUUUCAGAAAAUGAAUUGGAAGUUUUGGACAAAAAUUUAAUUAUACCGGGCGGGAGAAGAACUCGUGGAAAGAAAAUUGAUUUUAAGCAAUUCGGACCUGAUCCUGAUGAUGAAGAAUAAAAGAUGGGACAUCCUUACAAUGCUAAACACCUUAUAUUUAACCUUGAUAAUGAGACACACAAGUAUAUUCAUUUAUAUAAUUCAAUAAAGUUAAAAUUUGGAUACGCUUUUAUUUUCCUCUGAUGAGUAAGCUUAUAGUAAGACUUUUUUCUAAUUAU